UGUCGACUCAGUUUUGAUAGUAUUAUACAAAUGUCCCAAGAAUGGAUAUAAAUUUCGUAGCUCAUCUCUUCCAAAGUGCAAGUGAAAAAUGCAUUUAAAAAAUGACUAGGUUGAUUCGAGAAAGGCCAACGGGCUCUACAGUCUUGUUCCCAGAUUCUUCUUGUAUGAAACAACCACUUGAUUGGCUUUGGAUUCAUCUCCUACUGUUGGACGAAUAUUAGAGAUUAAAGCAGCAUUGGAUCAAGAAUCUGCUUUCAGCUAACCGAUAUGCAAGCCCAUCAAAGGCCAGAAUAUAAUAUUCUGCAAGAAGAUCCAAGGCCAAUGCCAGAUCUUCCCCAAGAACUCAUAGUUGACAUACUCACAAGGUUACCAGUCAAGUCCAUUUUGAGAUUCAGGUGUGUUUCAAAAUCAUGGCUUUGUUUAAUCGCAAGUCCUCAUUUCAUCAAAUCCCAUCUCACAAUAUCAACAAAAGUCAACAAUCAUGCCCGUCAUGGCCUUCUUUUAGCUCCCAUUGAUGCUCCGACUGAGCUUUACACCUGUUCUCUUUAUUCUGUUUUGUAUCAAAGAUCUCCUGUUAGUGCUGAAAAGGUUCAACUCCCCUUGCAAAGUAAAUAUCCUAGAUUAUCCUUUGUGGGAUGUUGCAAUGGGCUGGUUUGUUUAUCUGAAGGGUCUCAUGAUCUCAUUUUGUUCAAUCCAUCCACAAGAAAAUCCAAUGUUUUACCGAAUUCAGGCAUUGAUGUGGGUAAAUUUAAGCAUAUGACAUAUGGUUUUGGUUAUGAUGAAGUACAUGAUGAUUAUAAAGUAGUAGCAAUAGGCUAUUCUUGCCCCUAUGGGAUGAAUUGCCAGACUAUAGUCAAUGUCUACAGUUUAAGGACCAACUCUUGGAGAAAUAUUCAAGGCUAUGAAGGUGGAUUCAUUUCUUCUUGUUCAGGUGUGUUUGUUAACGGAGCUCUUCAUUGGCUAGUGGUUUCUGAGGAUGGUUCUAUUUCCUCUUGGCGAAUUGUUUCUCUGAAUCUGGCAACAGAGACCUAUGGAGAGAUAUUGCAGCCUAACUAUGAAAAGGGCAAUGUUUCUUUUACACCCGGGGUUUUAGAAGGAAAUCUUUGUGUCUUUUACAACCACUAUGAAGUGAAAUUCGAUGUAUGGGUGAUGAAGGAAUAUGGGCUGAAGGAAUCUUGGACUAAGUUGGCUUGUAUCCCUUACUCUGUGAAUUUCAAGGGUCGUGCUUCACCAUUGUUUGUCUCAGAAGCUGGGGAGAUCUUAUUGAAGCAUGAUUACUCUUUGAUGCUCUACAAUGGGAAAGAUGAUAUUUUUACAAACCGGGAUCUGCAAAUGCAAGGUGCUAACUAUCCAGGUGCAGCUGCUGUCUACAUUGAGGGCUUGGUAUCUCCUCACAUUGAUGAGGUUGGGCACAAAACUUGUGCACAGUGAAAGAAAGGUGAAAUUGUUCAAGGAUAACCUUUUCCGACCUAGAAUAUUACUUCUGUUAGACAUUGCUUUGAAAUAUUAAUUCUAGUUUGCGGAAGACUCCCCAAUGAUGGACUAGGCAACCUCACAAAAGUCCUAGCCGCUAAAUGGCACAGAUCAGAAGAUGCUAUGAUUUUUGGUGUACAACAGUGCUUUUUCUUGAAUCUGUAUGAUAACCUAUUUUCUUUGAUGCUCUUCUCAGUCUUAUUGGCGUUUUACGUAUUUGCACAUUUUCUUCAAUGCUUUUUCAGUUUCAAGUUGAGAAACGUACCUCUUUUAGCUGAUAUCCCUCAGAAUUGCAAACUCAAAACUAAACUGGAUUAUAAUUGCUGAUAACUCGUAGCAAAUACGAUGAGAACUCACUCCUGAUAAACCACCAAAUGUGCUGCCAAAUGAUGGUCAUAAGGUGCUUAACAAGUUCUGAAUCCACUUCUACUUGAACCACAAUAAUCAUUAUCUGUAAUAUCUAUAUAUUUCCUUCAUUGUAUCGACACUUGAGAUCGUCUUCUAGGUCCAAGACUCCCAGGUAGUUAAUUACCUCUUGACAUUCAGAUCCACCUAAAAUGGUCAUCAAUAUGCCUCCUUACUCUGCAUACAUAUAGAUACAAGGUGUCAAUCUGUUUCUUCGUGCUUCUUUCUCAUUAAGCUUGAUUCUGGUUGCUUGUCUGAACAGAGCCAAUGGUGCUUGCGUAAUGAGAAUGAGAUGAAGAUUGUACGAUGAGCCUAUCGCGCUUGUAUUCCUUCUUGUUAGUGGAUUUGUUGAGAGAGGCUUUUCGCGAAUUAUGGGUGAGAGAUAAGGGGUUGUCGCGAAUUAAUAUUGGGCUAGAGGCUAACCGAAGUAAUGAUUUCACAAGACAAAUGAAUCUCAGGGAGGAUUUCAGUCGAAGCCUGUGUAGAGUUUCAAUGAUCUAAUCAUGGGCAAUUUAUAUGAUUGGAAUAUGUUUGUUUACUUCAAUUCCCAUUGAUUUUCCAUCAUAAAGUUUAGUGUGUUUUGCUUGUCAGAGUUAACUGCUUAUAAGGGAGAACUAUAAGUACUGCAGAAUGCAAAGCAGGAUCCACAAAGAAGCAUAUAAAGAGGAUCUGCAAACCUGCCUACCUAACUGAAGUGAAAAUUUGUGAACACGAUUACGAAGCAAAGAGAAUUAAAUCAUUGGUCAUAGAGUUGAUGCAUCGGAGAAACCAGUUUUUUGAGGUUUAUAAGCAUCUCAUGGAUCAGUUCAGAGAAUCAUUGAACACUUCAGAAGCAGCUAAUGUUUGCAGAAACCAUGAAGCUGUAUCAUCCUUGCGCAGGGGCCAUGCUAAUCUUCUCUGUAUCGUUCCAAUUUUAUCGGAUGUCCCCGAAGUGACCUGUAUCUAGUCAAAUCUAUAACAAAAUACUAAGUAGAAUUUGAUCAUUUCUUUGACAUCAUAAGAAACUAUAUUAGAGCACAGUUGUGAUAUACUA